UUGUUUAGAGAGUGAAGAACUGAAGUUGCUAUUCUUAUUAAUUGGUUCCUUUGGACUGGAUUACCGCUACACUGGACCAAUUUUUGUAUGUUAUUGGGGGUUGGGCUUAUUUAGACAUUCUCACAAAUUGGCAGAUGCAAGAAUCAGAUUCAACAGAUUAAUAAAUGACCUUAAGGCAUCUUCAUUGUUACUUGAGUCUGAAUUUGAUCGGGUUAGAAUUCAUGAUUAUGUAAGAGAUAUGGCUAAAUCAAUUGCAUGUAGGACUCGACCAACCUAUGGGGUGAAAAGGUACACUAAAGUAAAUGAAUGGCCUGGGAUGGAUGAGCUUCGAAAAUGCCAUCAGAUCAUCCUUACUUGGUCUUAUAUUUACAAGCUUCCUGAGAAGCUGGUGUGUCCAAAGUUGGAGCUACUUCAACUUGAAAAUAUAGGUGAUAAUUUGGAAGUCCCCGAUGACUUCUUCUCUGGGAUGAUAGAGCUAAAGGUCGUUAGUUUAUAUGGAAUGAUGUUUGCCCCUUCUCUACCAUCAUCUCUCCUUCUCUUGACAAAAAUCCGAACAUUGAAUUUGGCUGGAUGUGUGUUAGAAGACAUAUCAAUAGUGGCAGAGCUGAAGAGUUUAGAGAUUCUCAGCCUUGAAAGAUCAGAUAUUACAGAACUCCCUAAUGAAAUAAGACAACUAACUAAUCUUCGAAUGCUGAACUUAGCCAAUUGCUCUAGACUGAGAUUCAUUCCUGCAAAUCUUAUUUCAAGUCUAACUUGCUUGGAAGAGUUGUACUUGGGGAAUUGUUUUAUCGAGUGGGAUGUCAAGGGAAGCAACGAUCAAAGCAAAAAUGCAAGUCUAGAAGAGCUAAGGAGUUUGUCUCAUCUAACCGCUUUGGACAUAAUGACUCAAGAUGCUUCAGUUUGGCCUAGGGACUUGCUAGUCUUUGAAAAGCUUGAAAGAUACAACAUAUUUAUUGGUGAUAUGUGGAAAUGGUCUUUGGACUGGUCGGGAAAUGCAUCUGAACCUGCCAGGAUACUUAAGCUCAACGACAGUAGGGGUUCAAGCAUUCUUUUGGAUCGUGGAUUUAACUCCUUGUUGAAUUCAGCCGAGGACAUGUGUCUUGCCAAAAUACAUUGUGUUAGAAAUGUUCUUUAUGAGCUGAAUAGGGGAGGCUUUCCGCAAUUAAAACAUUUGCGCCUUCAAGACAGCACUGAACUUCAGUACAUCAUUAAUUCAACGGGGUGGGUUAAUCCCUAUCCUGCUUUACUCAACUUAGAGACUUUGGCUCUUCAAAAUCUGUUUAAUCUGGAAAAAAUAUGCCAUGGGCCAAUUCCAAUUCAAUCUUUUGUCAAACUAAAAUCUUUUGAAGUCAAAGGUUGUGACAAAUUGAAGAAUCUGUUGCGGUAUUCCCUUGUUAGAGACCUUCCUCAACUUCGUGAAAUAAAAAUUGCUGAUUGCCAAAUGAUUACAGAAAUCAUAUCUGAGGUGGAUAAAGAAAUUGACAAGAUUAUAUUCCCUGAGUUGUGUUCUCUUGAACUUGAAAGUUUGCCUCGUCUCGUUAGUUUAUGUGCGCCAUUGACGCAGUGCAUACAUGUGCCACUAAUUGAUCAAAAGGUUGUGAUGCCCCACCUUGAACUAUUGAAGCUGUCUAAGAUCAACUGUGAGAAAUUGUGGGAUGACAAACUUCUGAGUCAUUCUCGCAUGCAAAACUUGAAGAGUUUGACAAUAGACAAAUGUGGUAGCAUGAGAUACGCAUUCUCAUCCUCAGUUGCUAGAGAACUUGUAAACCUGAAAUCUCUUAAGAUUAGUAAUUGCAAAAUGUUGGAGGACAUAUUUGUCUCCAACUCUAAUGACGAGGAUCUACUUCCAGUGUUAGAGACAUUUGAAAUCUCCCACAUGGAACACUUGAAGUCAGUAUGGCACAAUCAACUAGCCCCAAAUUCCUUCUGCAAAUUGAAGCAACUGAAAAUUCAAUUCUGCAAUAAAUUAUCAAAUAUAGUUCCAUCUAAUGUUCUUGAUAAAUUACAGAAGCUGGAGACAAUGACUGUAACAGAUUGUCCUAAUCUAGAAGUUGUAUUCGAAACACAAGGUCUAAAAGCAGAUGGUGGUAGACAGAUAAGGCUGGAUAUGCAAUUGAAAACUCUCACUUUGAAGAAUUUACCGAUGUUGAAACACAUAUGGAGUGGGAAUCCUAAUGAAAGCUUCAAGUUUCAAAACAUCUGCCUAUUGCAAGUUAUUGAAUGUAAAACCCUUAAUCAUGUCCUUCCCCUCUCUAUGGCUAAAGAGCUUCAGCAUCUCCAAGAAAUUUAUAUUGAAGAAUGUGGCAUAGAGUUUAUUGCAGCACAUGAUGAAUUGGCUGACACAUUCCCAAUACUUAUUUUCCCAGAAUUAACAUCUUUGAGUUUACGAGAUUUGUCACAACUUCGAAGCUUCUCUCAUGGAUUACAUACCUUGGAUUGUCCGGUUUUAAGACAUGUGGAUGUGCUUCAUUGUGACAAGCUUGUUCUAUUCAAGCCAAAGUCUCUAAAUUACCAAGAAAUUGUUCCAGUUGAUACAGUACCCCUUCUCUCAAUCGAAAAGUUUGUCCCCAACACAAGGGAGCUUAUUCUGAACAGAAAGGAUGUCACCAUGUUAUGCAAUGGUCAACUUAAUGAUGAGCUUAUCUACAGAGUAACAGAUCUUCGCCUGCGAUGUUUCCAUGAAGAGGCUGACAAAUUUCCAUCUGGUUUCCUCCAAAAGUUUAUCAAUCUCAUAAAGCUUAAGGUGACAUGUAGUUCUUUCACAUACAUUUUCUCGAGUGGAAGCGAAUGCGCUGGACAUUCUGAAACAACUAUGAAGUUGAGAAAUUUAGUACUUGUUCAGUUAGAUAACCUCGAGUUUAUAUGUGAAGAGAAAUCUGAGGUGCAAUCAGUUAUUCAAAAUAUUGAAACUUUGAGUGUAACUAGAUGUUCUAGGCUGAAGAACAUCGUUCCAUCCUCGGCUUUGUUUGAGAAUUUAGAGCAGUUGGAUGUGGUAAAAUGUGGUGGACUGGAAUAUAUUAUGAAAUCAUCAACAAUUACCAAUUUACCAAAACUUCGAAAAUUAUGCAUAGAUUUUUGUGAAAAGAUAGAAGUAAUCGUUGCAAGUGAUGAUGAGAAUGAUGCUUCUGAGUUAUCAUUUAUGAAAUUGGGGUAUCUGCGAUUGAAUAACUUACCAAGGCUAAGAAGUUUUUGUAAAGGAAGACAUGACUUCAAAUUUCCACUAUUGAGGACGUUAUUUGUAAUAAACUGUCCCAUGAUGGAAACUUUCUCAAAUGGUAUGUUGAACGCACCAAGGCUCUUAGAAGUACGUGUAACACCGCAAGAUGAUCGUUGGAAUGGUGACCUUAACACUACUAUAAAAAAAAUUGCAGUGAAAAGGAACUCUAUGGAUGAUUAGGUUUGUCCUCAAAGUUUAAUGGAGGGUCAACUAGAUAAUUCGUUGCAAUCACCUGGUUGUAUCUUCAUGUUUCCCAAUCAAAGCUAGUCGGCUAAUCUCGAAUGGCACUAAGCAUUUACCACCAUCAUGAUGUAUCAGUUAAUUUAAUGACUUUUCUAUGAUAACGACUUCUGUCGCUUGUUCUCUGUUGUUUACAAAACUAAUCUCUACUAAACUUUCCUCUCUCAGUUAAUCAAUUAAUAUUCCUUGUUUUCAUUUAAA